AUGAAUUUCCGCUCUUUGGAUUACUGCACAGGCCCCAGGAUCCCACAGACCUUUGAGGGCUUCCAAGGGCUGCUGGAUAAGCCGCUGGAUGUGCAGAUCCUGCAGCGGGCCUUUGAGCUGCUACCAGCACAGAUCCAGCUGGCCCACACCAAGCAGCAGGCGCAGUGGGUGUACAACCGUGCACGACAGCUGCCAGGGUCAUCUACAAAGCUGUUUGCGCGGCAGCAUAGCGGCCUGCUCAUCAACGGCGACUUCCUGCCCAAUGUGGUCAGCAGGUCUACACUUGUGUACGCAUUCAAGGACAGGGUGCCAGUGCUGCUGAAGAUCCGUUCACACGAGGGCGCGGAGCAUGAGGCGGCUGUGUGGGAGGCGCUGACACAGACCUGCCCCAAGCCGCCUGGCCUGGCUGGCCCCAUCAAGGUGCUGCAGCUGAAGGGCAGUGCUGGACAAGCAGGCAGGCUGGGCCUGCAGAUGCCACUGUACCCAGCCACGCUGCAGCACAUGCCCAAGCCACUGCCUGCCCAGGAUGUGCUGGUCAUCGGCAAGCAGGUGCUGGACGGGCUGCUGCACAUGCACCAAUGCGGCUGGGCGCACUGCGAUGUGAAGGCGCCCAACAUUUUUGUGAAGGAUGAUGGCAGCGCUGUGCUUGGAGACUACGGAGCAGCUAGGAUGCUUGGGGGCGAUGCAGACGAGAAGACCCUGAGCCACAUUGCAUCAGACCUGCCAGCAGCAUUCCAGGUGGACAAGGCCUCUGAGCAGCUGGACCAGUACCUCCUAGCUGUCACGCUGCUGGAGAAGCUGGACCUGCUGCAGCUGGGGCCGGGGGUGCUGACCACAGCAGCAGUGCGGCGGGCUGCUGGGCAGGUCCUAGCAGGUGGCAGCGCGGACCUGCACGCGUUCAUAAUCUCCCUGCUGAAGGCCAUUGCCCACGAGUCCGGGUAG